AACCUUCCAGACAAAGAAGGCUGUAAUUAAACAACUGCUGGACACAUGAUGGGAUAUUCAUGCUAUUUCAUCAAACAAUAUGUGCGUCAUGUCGGGAUCAACAGUCGCUCCGGCUUGAGGACACGUAAAGGAUAAAGGAGGACGGUGUGAUGAUGUGAAACCUGCCUCGACCUCACAGCUGAAAGGUUUCUAACAUGUCCGACCCGCUUCAGACCACCUCUGACAGUCUGUGCAAACUCGUCCGAUGGGCUCACAGCCACGGCACCAUCUGCAACCUCAUCCCCAGCCUGCAGCACCUCGCUCGCGGUUCUUAUGCCAACGUACUGACACCAGAACCUGGUCUCCACGGUAGCACGGUCCCCGUUGCCAUUUGGGGCUGUGGGGCCGGACACGCCUACCAUUGGCCCCUCAGUGACCAUAGCAACAGCUGCGGAGGCUCAGCGAACACCGGCCAGGGACAGGAGAGGGUUGUUGGAGGGCGUCCGUCCAAUAAGGUGGCAGCGAGGAUCUCAUGUGACCUCUCCGGCAGCGAAGCCGCAUCAGAGGGGGAGGAGUUCGGCAGCCGGCUGUUUGACAUCGCUGGAUGCGACUCGUCAGCCACGGACGAGUAUGGAGACUACGAGCCCCGCCCAUCCAGAAAAAGAGGCGGUGCACCGGGAGGAGAGGUGGCGAGGAAGAAGGUCAAGCAGGAGGCGACCUCAGCAGAGGACUACGACACUUUUGCUAGCACAGGGCUAGCAGAGGCAGACGCUGUCAAUCCUUUACAGGCUUGUCAAGCAACAAACACACACUCUCAGUUCACUCACACGCUGUUGCCCAGCAAGCCCCUCCCACCCUGCCCUCAGCCCCAGCAUGGACAGAAUCUGGGGUGUGAGGGGUCAGUGGGCCCAGAGAUGGAGCUACUGGGUGGAGGCAGCUGUACGAGAGGGACCACAGAGCAGGCCGAUAGAUGCAGCUCCGCCACAGAGACUACAGAGAAGACUGCAGCUGCAGAUGGCCAGAGUGAGCUGGAGAAGCUGCGAGCGUUACUUUGUGCAGAACGCAGCCGUAACCAGCAGAUGACAGAGGUGAUCUCCAGUCUGAAGCAGGACAAAGAGCUGCUGCAGCUUGAACUCACUAAGAAAGCCGAACUCAUCUGUGACUUCCUGCAGGACAAACUGCGGCCAGAGAAGAGGUGGCCUCGUUACUCUAAUCAGAUGGACCCGGGAAGUUCUCACAUGACCUCAUCUGACGAUGUGGCAGGGUUCGAUUCGCCAACGCUGUUUGACUCGUUCGAGGAAAUGGAGCUUCACCCUCUGGAGCACCACCGGACCCUGAAGAGCAAGAGGAGCCGGGAGGGAGAGAACACCAGAGUCAGGAUGAAAAACGUAGUGGGUGUGAUAGCGCGCUACAUGGCCGCCCUCCAGGAGUUUCGGCGCAGCGUCUCCAUGAAGGUGGCCUUUGACCGGGUCGGAGUGGACCGCAACACGAUCUCGCGCACGGCGGCCAUAGCCGAGCUCAGCCUGGCCGCUCCGGAGGUGUUUCAUGCGUUGGCGCCGUGGGACGAGAAAGAGGAGACGCUGGCGCAUUAUGCUCACCGCUGUCGACAGGCGAUGGAUGACACCAUUAGGGCCAAGAUCAAAAUGAUGAAGGCGAAAGGAGAACUGCUGCCAAUCGUGUCAAAGUGACAAAUAGUUAAAGAUAGUGUGUGGACUGACUCCUUAUGACUGAAUCAGAGGCCUGCAAUGCACAGUUCUUGUACAAAUUCAAAGAAAAUCCAACACAUAAAACAUAAAACGCCUUGUCAAAGAAAAGCCCAUCCAUGGAUUCUCUUCAUCCAUUGUUCCACACUGUGCCACCUUAGUCUGUGGUUCUCAACUUAAUCCAGGAACUAUAUUGCAAGGUUGUUGUGAUUUCUUUUUUCUGUUGCACCAACUUUUUCACAGCCUCGUGUACUUCUGAUCAUAUCGUGUGGCUGCAUUACAAUCGGGCCACAUUUCUGCUGCCGUGGGUGUCGAAAUACUGUAGGUCUUUCUGCCUCCUGUCCACUAGAUUUCUUCUUGUAUAGUUGUGAAACAUCCAUUGAAAAUUGUGACUCUGGAUAAACAAGCUCUUGUUCUUAGAUCCAGCGAGACUCUCACUAGAAACAUUGUUUUAUGCUGCAGUCAUGGCAGCUCAGAAUUCAUUAUAACAAAGUUUCAGCGUGCUUCGUUUCCACUGAAUCAUGAAGCAAUCUGUAAUGGGCACAUUACACACCACUUUAUAGUUAAGUGGUUGCAGUAAACAGUCUGAUCAGUGAGGGACUCGUCAGUAUUCAAGGUUCAGUGACUCAAAAAAUGUUUUUUAUGCAUGCUAAUAUGUGGUAUUUAAUCCGUUGUGCGUUGUUUUGUGUGCUGCUGACCACUGUUUUACAAUAAACCACAAAAAACUGAGAGCAUAAUGAAGUUAAA